AUGGAUGAAAAAAUUAAAAAUAAAAAAGUAAACUCUGCUUUGGAAAAGGAGCUUCAACAGACUGCAGAAAAACCUUCGUGGCAAUCGAGCAAUGAGGGUAUACACGAAAAAGUAAAUUUUGAUGACACCAUAUGGGGCUUUGAGUUGGCUGGCGGAUCAUAUUAUGAUACACCUCUACGAGUCACAAAGGUGAAGCCAGACAGUCGCGCUGACCGAGCUGGUAUAAAGAUAGGUGACAAGCUUCGAACAAUAAACGGUGUAGACACCAACAUGUUAACAGUACGAGAGGCACAUGACAUCAUAGUAGACUGCGGAAUAGAACUCAAACUAGAACUGUAUGCGUAAGUGUAAUCGAUAACACGCCGGCCUUUAUAAUUCAAUCAGAUCAUAUCAUAAUUUAUUCAGUCUAGGCUAUUACAAGCACAAGCUCAAGCACUCGUGUGGGAAACAAAAAACUAGCAAGAGCUAGAAUUUAUUUUAAACCCUAAUUAA